AUGGCCUACCAGACGGCCAAGGGCAUGCACUUCCUCCACUCGUCGGGCGUCGUGCACCGCGACCUCAAGUCCAUGAACCUGCUCCUCGACUCCAAAUGGAACGUCAAGGUGAGCGAUUUCGGGUUGACCAAGUUCAAGGCCAGCCUCAAGAACGACGACGACGCCGGGCAGAUCGGCAGCGUGCACUGGAGCGCCCCCGAGAUCCUGGCCGAGGCCAACGGCGUCGACUUCAUUCUGACCGACGUCUACGCCUUUGGCAUCAUCCUGUGGGAGCUGCUCACGCGCGACAUGCCCUACUACGGCCUCAGCCCGGCCGCCGUGGCCGUGGCCGUGCUGCGCGACGACCUGCGCCCGACCGUGCCCGCCGACACUUCGGUCGCGCUCAACAGCAGCGCGAUGACGGGCGCGACGGACUACAUCGAUCUGAUGCGGAACUGCUGGCACAGGGACCCGAUCAUCAGGCCCACGUUUCUGGAGAUCAUGACCCGCCUGUCGUCGCUCACCGGCGGCGAGACCGGUACUGCCACCAACACCUCCAAGUCCUCGUCAUCGUCGGGCUCGUCGACCCCCGGCACGACUUCGAUGACGCAGAUGAACACGACCGGGUCGUGGUCGCUGCCGACCCACUCGGUCUCGGGCAGCAACAGCGGCAGCAGCGCGUCGUCGGUCGAUCAGAAGACCGGCGCCGUCAAGCCGCCCGAUGGUGCCAUGGCGAUCGUGUUCACCGAUGUCACGCGCGCCGCAUCGCUGUGGGAGUUUGACUCGGAGGCCAUGCUGCGCGCGAUGGUGCUCCACAACGAGCUCCUGCGGGCGCUCUUGGUCAAGCACCACGGCUACGAGGUCCGCUUUUCAGGCGGCGGCGGCGGCGGCAAGAAUGGCAAUGCGGCGGUUGGUGGUGGCAACAGCGGCGAGGGCUCGUUUUGCGUGGCGUUCGGCGACGCGGCGCGCGCGGUGGAGUGGUGCAUGGAGGCGCAGCAGGCGCUACUGGGCGUGGAGUGGCCCGAGGCGCUGGUGGCCCACCCGGGCGCGGCGGAAGAGUGGGGCGACGUGGACGAUCGGCUCAUCUUCAAGGGCCUCCGGGUGCGCAUGGGCGUCCACUUCGGCGAGCCGCGGCGGCUGCGCGACGCCGUGACCCGGCGGGUGGAGUACCACGGCUCGGUAGUCAACAUCGCGGCCCACCUCACCACCAUCACCCACGGCGGCCAGGUGCUGGUGACGCGCGAGGUGUACGAAAAGUUGAGGGGCUCCGAGCUGGCGCAGGAGCCGAGGCGGUUCAUCAAGCUAGGCCGAUUCGAGGCCGCCCCUUCCCCCGCUGGCGUGACCGUCUAUGAGCUCAAGAUCCGCAGCCUCGAGGCCCGAUUCUUCGGCGGCGUCGCACCGGCCAGCGAAGGCACCCGGAGCACCCAGAGCGGCGGCAAGUCGCACGGCAGCGGCAGCCAUAGCGACAGCGACGGCGAGCAGGAGCUGGGCACCAUGGUGGGCGAGGGCCUCAAGUACAAGGAGGACACUUUCCUGACGUCGGCCAACCUGUGCCGCUGGGUGAUCGACUUCCACGAGGUGCAGCUGGGCAAGCAGGUGGGCAUGGGCUCAUACGGCGUGGUCUACCGCGGCCGGUGGAAGGGCGUCGAGGUGGCCGUCAAGCGGUUCAUCAACCAGAAGCUCGACGAGCGGCGGCUGCUCGAGUUCCGGUCGGAAAUGGCCUUCCUCUCCGAGCUCCAUCACCCCAACAUCGUCCUCUUCAUCGGAGCGUGCUUGAAGAGGCCCAACAUGUGCAUCCUGACCGAGUUCAUGGCGUCGGGCAGCUUGGCCGACAUCCUGGGCAACGCGACGGUCAAGCUCGAGUGGAAGAAGCGGCUCAAGAUGCUGCGGAGCGCGGCGGUCGGGGUCAACUACCUCCACUCGCUCGAGCCGUGCAUUAUCCACCGCGACCUCAAGCCCUCCAACCUCCUGGUGGACGAGAACGGGAGCUUGAAGGUGGCCGACUUCGGACUGGCGCGCAUCAAGGAGGACAACAUGACGAUGACGCGCUGCGGCACGCCCUGCUGGACGGCGCCCGAAGUCAUCAAGGGCGAGAAGUACAGCGAGAAGGCCGAUGUCUACAGCUUCGGCAUAAUCAUGUGGGAGGUCAUCACCCGCAAGCAGCCCUUCGCCGGGCGCAACUUCAUGGGCGUGUCGCUGGACGUGCUCGAGGGCCGGCGGCCGCAGAUCCCCGGCGACUGCCCCGAGGCCGUGGCCAAGAUGGUGAAGAAGUGCUGGCACGAGAAGCCGCACAAGCGGCCGUCCAUGGAGGAGCUGGUGACCUUCUUCGACGGCCUGCUUGGUAGCGACCACGCCGACACCCUCGCCUAA